AUGUCAGUUUUUCAGCUGUUUCACACUACCUCAUUCAUGUUUUUCUUGACUGGCAUCCCUGGGCUGGAAGAUAUGCACCCCUGGACUUCCAUCCCAUUCAGCAGAGUGUUCAGCGUAGCCCUCCUUGGGAACUGCACCCUCUUGUACGUGAUGAAGACAGAGUCAUCUCUCCGCAAGCCCAUGUUUUAUUUCCUCUCCAUGCUGGCUGUCAUUGACUUGGUGCUGUCCCUGACCACCAUGCUCAAAAUGCUGAUCAUCUUCUGGUUCAAUGCCCAGGAGAUCACCUUCAGUUCCUGCCUUGUGCAGAUGUUUUUUCUUCACACUUUCUCAGUCAUGGAGUUGGUGGAGCUGCUGGCCAUGGCUUUCCACAUGUAUGCUGCCAUCUGCAAUCCCCUGAGCUACAGCUCCAUCCUGACCAUCUCCCUGGUAGUCAGGAACGGGCUGCUGGCUCUAGCCAGGGCAGCCGGGCUCAUGUUGCCUCUGCCUUUCCUCCGUCGCCUGCCGUACUGCUGCUCCCACAUCACCUCCCACUGCUACUGCAAACACAUGGCAGUGGUGGAGCUGUCCCGUGCCAACACCAGGUUCAGUAACAUCAUCGUGGUUCUCUUCAUCGUGGGGUUGGAUCUGUUGUUCAUUGGGCAUUCCUACCUCAGGAUCUUGAGGACUGUGUUGAGCCUGGCAUUGAAGGAGGACAGACUGAAGGUACUUGGGACCUGCUUCUCCCACAUCUGCGUCAUCCUGGUCUUCUAUACCCCUGUGGUUCUCUCAUUAGUAAUCCACAGGUUUGGUUGCCAUGUUGCCUCUCACAUGCACAUCUUGAUGGCUAAUUUCUACCUCCCAUUCCCCCCCAUGGUGUAUGGUGUCAAAACCAAGCAGAUCCAUGAUGGGCCACAGAAAUUAACCCUGCAUACAUAA